AUGGCAGCUUUCACCUGGUAUACCGUACAAAAUGACAAAUAUUCUAAAAAAAGCGAAAACCGGCCGAGUUCCUAUUUAAUAUCAUUUCGCAGCCAGAGCGCAAAAGUGGCCAAAAUUCGGCGAAAACAGCGCAAGUGUGACAAACCGUUCGUGCCAUCGCAGCCGUGCACAAAACGAACGAAAACAAAAGAGAAUAGUGUUGACAGCAAUACGAGCGUUUUGAGCAGUGCUAGCAGCAGCAGCACCUAUAGCAGCGGCAGUGCAGUCGUUGCAGGCAUCGGCCUAGGCGUAGGCAACAACAAGCGUCCGGGGGCGGGAGUGGGCCGGGGAACGGCCGCUAACGAAACGGUAGCUGCUGCACUCCCAACAGCAACAACAACAACAACAACUAAUACAACAGCACUAACAUCAGUUGCCGGCCGGUGUGCGGCGUUUUUCGGCGAAACUGUUUCAAGAGGUGGGCGUGGCGGUGGGGGCGGCGUUGGGGGAGCCGGAGAAAGCGCAGCGAAAGCGAAAAAGGAAGAGGAGCAGCUAACAAAGGGUCAAAGCCAAAAGAGUCCCCUGAACGCUGCUGACUUUUCAAUUGCCCUGCGCACCGUUGAAAAGUUAGCGACCGAGCUCGACGCCGACGCCGACGCGGACGCCAACGCCAGCAGCACAGCCGACGCCAGCAGCGCUGUCAUGUCAGAGACGGGCUGCCGGCAUUAUCAGAGCUACGUGAAGGAGCACAGCUACGAUACAUUCCGGGUCAUCGACGCCUACUUCGCAGCCUGCGUCAACCGAGAUGCGCGAGAGAAGAAGGCCAUUCAUUGCAACUGCUUCGAGUGUGGAAGUUAUGGCAUCCAGCUGUACGCCUGCCUGCACUGCAUCUACUUCGGAUGCCGUGGAGCCCACAUCACCAGCCACCUGCGGGCGAAGAAGCACAACGUGGCCCUGGAGCUCUCGCACGGCACGCUCUACUGCUACGCCUGCCGGGACUUCAUCUACGAUGCGCGGAGCAGGGAGUAUGCGCUAAUUAACCGCAAGCUGGAGGCCAAGGAUCUGCAGAAGAGUCUGGGAUGGCAGCCAUGGAUACCCACAGCCAAGGAGACGAAUCUGCUGUUGGCCAAUGCCCGCCGGCGGUUGGUGCGACCGAAUCAGACAAUCGGACUGAGGGGCCUGCUCAAUCUGGGGGCCACCUGCUUCAUGAACUGCAUUGUCCAGGCUUUGGUUCACACUCCGCUGCUUAGUGACUACUUUAUGUCGGAUCGCCAUGAUUGCGGUAGUAAGUCCUCGCACAAAUGUCUCGUCUGCGAAGUUUCGCGUCUCUUCCAGGAGUUCUAUUCGGGCUCCCGUUCGCCGCUGUCUCUGCACCGGCUACUGCAUUUAAUCUGGAACCAUGCCAAGCAUCUGGCUGGGUACGAACAACAGGAUGCGCAUGAGUUUUUUAUUGCCACCCUGGACGUGCUGCAUCGGCACUGCGUCAAGGCAAAGGCCGAGCACGAGAACAAGAGCAGCAGCUCCAGCUCCGGCAGCGGCACCAAUUCCAGCAGCUCGAGCAGCUCCCACUGCUAUGGGCAGUGCAACUGCAUCAUCGACCAGAUCUUCACUGGCAUGUUGCAGAGCGAUGUCGUGUGCCAGGCCUGCAACGGAGUCUCAACCACCUUUGAUCCCUUCUGGGAUAUAUCACUGGACCUGGGGGAGACGACAACGCACGGUGGAGUCACUCCCAAGACGCUGAUAGACUGCCUGGAGCGGUAUACGCGGGCCGAACACCUCGGAUCGGCGGCCAAGAUCAAGUGCUCCACCUGCAAGUCCUACCAGGAGUCCACCAAGCAGUUCAGUCUCCGCACCCUGCCCAGCGUUGUCUCCUUUCAUCUGAAACGUUUCGAGCACUCGGCCCUCAUCGACCGCAAGAUCUCCUCGUUCAUCCAGUUCCCGGUGGAGUUCGAUAUGACGCCGUUCAUGUCCGAGAAGAAGAAUGCCUACGGUGACUUUAGGUUCUCCUUGUAUGCUGUCGUCAACCAUGUGGGCACCAUCGACACUGGACACUAUACUGCGUAUGUCCGCCACCAGAAGGACACUUGGGUCAAGUGCGAUGAUCAUGUGAUAACGAUGGCGUCGCUCAAGCAGGUGCUCGACAGCGAGGGUUAUUUAUUGUUCUACCAUAAAAACGUGCUGGAAUACGAGUGAGGCAUCCCAUGGACAUCCAUAGAGACUGCGUCCCAAGAACCGUAUACAAAACAAUACCCAUGCAUAACGAAUAAAUAAAUAAAAUACA